GAGCUAGCAGUAGUUUUGAUAGCACUUCUUUAAUAAAUAGGCUAAAACAAACCAAGCAAAAUAUUACGAGUGUCUGACUGUGUACGUACGCAUAAAUAUGAAUCAUGUGCGAAAGGCUUUGACAGUUCCGUUUAAAACGGUGAACGCCAAGUGUUUUGAUACUCGUUGGUUCUCUUACAAAUCUCCUUGUCCUGCACUGCAAACAAGGCUAUUUUCUAACGUCGGUUCUUCAGCUAAACCUGCCAUGUCCAGUACUGCGGGUCUUGUUAUUCCCUGCAAAGCGGCUGUUGCAUGGGAAGCAGGGAAGCCAUUGGUGAUUCAGCAAGUGGAAGUUGCUCCACCACAGGCCAUGGAAGUGAGGAUCAAAAUCAAGUAUACCUCACUUUGUCACACUGAUCUCUACUUUUGGGAAGCCAAGGGCCAGACGCCAUUGUUUCCUCGAAUAUUUGGCCAUGAAGCAGCUGGGAUUGUGGAGAGUCUAGGGGAAGGUGUAACGGGCCUUGAGGUCGGGGAUCAUGUGCUUCCAGUGUUCACAGGAGAGUGUGGAGAAUGUGCUCACUGCAAGUCCGACGAAAGCAAUAUGUGUGACCUGCUGAGGAUUAACACAGAGAGAGGCGUCAUGCUCAGCGACGGAAGGUCUAGGUUUUCAAUCAAUGGAUCACCAAUAAAUCACUUUGUUGGGACAUCAACCUUUAGUGAGUACACUGUUGUUCAUUCAGGCUGUCUUGCAAAGAUCAAUCCUCUGGCACCUUUGGAUAAAGUCUGUGUCCUCAGUUGCGGCAUCUCAACAGGAUUGGGUGCUACUUUAAAUGUGGCAAAACCCCAAAAAGGUUCCUCGGUGGCUAUCUUUGGAUUGGGAGCUGUUGGGCUGGCUGCUGCAGAAGGUGCAAGAAUUGCCGGAGCAUCAAGGAUUAUAGGGGUGGAUUUCAAUCGUGGAAGGUUUGAGCAAGCCAAGAAGUUUGGAAUCACAGAAUUUGUGAACCCCAAGGACUAUGACAGGCCAGUUCAAGAGGUUAUUGCUGAGAUGACAAACGGUGGGGUGGAUAGGAGCGUCGAAUGCACUGGCAGCAUUAACGCCAUGAUUUCAGCUUUUGAAUGUGUUCAUGACGGAUGGGGUGUGGCUGUUCUUGUUGGAGUGCCUAGCAAGGAAGCAGUGUUCGUGACCAAGCCCAUCAAUUUGCUUAAUGAAAGAACACUGAAAGGAACUUUCUUUGGAAACUACAAGCCGCGGACUGAUCUCCCAUCUGUUGUUGAUAUGUACAUGAACAAGAAGCUGGAGGUGGAUAAAUUUAUAACUCAUCGAGUCCCUUUCUCAGAGAUCAACAAGGCCUUUGAGCUCAUGGUUAAGGGGGAGGGUUUACGGUGCAUUAUUAGCCUGGAAGACUAAGAUUCUGGAAACAAGAGUAAAAGCUGGG